AUGAGCAGAUGUACAUCCUUUAUGAAACCAAACUGCAGUGCUACCAGAACCUCUCCAACAUUGAUCCCGGGGCCACAGAUGAGGUGUGUCCUCCAGACUGGGACGGGCUUAUCUGUUGGCCCGGGCUUGCUACCAAGGUCCCCUGCCCAACUUACAUCUUCGACUUUAAUCACAAAGGACACGCUUACAGGACAUGUGAUGUCAAUGGUUCUUGGUUGUUUGCGCACCGUUUGAACAAAACAUGGAACAACUACUCUGAAUGCUUCCUUCAGCCCACUGAUGAGAAAGGGAGACAAGACUUCUUUGAGCGGCUGUGUGUCAUGUACACCAUUGGCUAUGCUGUGUCCUUUAGCUCUCUGCUGGUGGCAAUCUUUAUCAUCGGAUACUUCAGGCGUCUUCACUGCACCAGAAACUACAUCCACAUGCACUUGUUUGUUUCCUUCAUGCUACGGGCAGUCAGCAUCUUUGUGAAGGACAAAGUGGUCUAUCCCAGUGCUGGACUGCAGGACUUUGAUUCUGCCCUGUUAGACAACUUAAAGACAGUUAGCCUGCCUCCAUUGGACACCUCUCAGUAUAUUGGCUGCAAGUUCGUUGUAGUGCUCUUCAUCUAUUUCCUGGCCACCAACUACUACUGGAUGCUGGUAGAAGGCCUCUACCUCCACAGUCUCAUCUUCAUGGCCUUCCGAUCAGACUCCAAAUACCUCUGGGGCUUUAUCCUCAUUGGAUGGGGUGUUCCAGCUGUAUUUGUGGUAGUGUGGGCGAUUGUCAGGGCAACGCUAGCAGAUGUAAGGUGCUGGGAGUUCAGCGCUGGUUACAUUAAGUGGAUCUACCAGGUUCCCAUCCUCACAGCCAUUGGGCUCAACUUCAUCUUGUUUGUGAACAUCAUACGAGUGUUGGCCACAAAAAUCCGAGAGACAAACGCAGGGAGAUACGACACCAGGAAACAGUACAGGAAACUGGCAAAGUCCACCCUUGUGUUAGUGCUGGUGUUUGGCAUCCACUACAUCGUCUUUGCGGGGCCUUAUACAAUCGAGGGCCUCAGCUGGGAAGUCCGCAUGUACUGUGAGCUGUUCUUCAACUCCUUUCAGGGUUUCUUUGUGUCCAUUAUCUACUGCUACUGCAACGGAGAGGUCCAGGCAGAAAUAAAGAAAACAUGGACACGCUGGAACCUGGCUUUUGAGUGGGAGGGCCCGGUGGUCUGCGGCCGUUAUCGUUACGGCUCCGUAGUUGUCGGCAUCAACAACAACAGCACCAGCAGCCACUCCCACCUGGCAGGGGCGGGACUAUCCACUCGCUCCACCACACUGGUUUCAAGCCGUGUUUAUCGGAGCACAGAUCCUGCGGUGAUUGGCAUGCAUGCAGCCCUCCCGGGAUACGUGAUCAGUAACUCGGACCCAUCCAUACCUGAAGAACCGGAGGACAGUGGCCCCAAGCAGGUGGACGAUAUCUCGUUAAAGGAAAAUCUGCCUGUUGUUAUGACCACUGCGACAGCUGACGAUGAGGAGGAAACACUGUAGCAUUUGUCCAAAAAUGCGUCAUACACUGACGAUAAAAAUUCGUAGUCUAGAUUUGUCUGGAGUGCAACCCGAUCCAUGUCAUUCAAACUAUAAAGAGGGUUAUCAAAGGCAAACAAACUUUGACGAUAUGUACAUGAUAUGGAAUAAUGUCUUGAAUACAUGGUUUAAAAAUAGAACACGUCAAUGCUGACAGAUAGUUUGACACAGGAGGAAAUGUUUAAAUCUCUGUUGGACUCCACGUCAACAUUUAAGCCUUGGUGUUAGAUUGUUGUUGAUUGCUGAUGGAGAUUGCUUGUAUUUGCAUAUAUUUGUGGGAGUAUGAGGUGCCACAAGGUGAAUUGCAACUUGACAACACAUCUAAAAUGAUAGUGUUGGUACUUUGACCUUUUCACGGAAGACAAUCGUUUCAGGAACUCUCAGGGAGAGCUAAGCUUUCAGUGGUCAAUAAUAGAAAACAUGCUUCUGCAUGAUUUAUGUUGGUCUGAAGUUAUGGAAUUGUAUUUCAAAAGCACACAGAAAAGAUUGAGAAUCAUACAUGGAAACAAUAUAUAUAUACUUUGGAAACAGUUGUAAUAAAAGGUUGAUGUUUUUUAAUAAAAAAAGGGCAGCAGCAGCAUGAUAGCUGCAGAACAAAAACUAAUAUACAGGAAUGUGUAGAUGUGAUAAACCUUAAUUUUUGCCAACAAAUGUUCACUGAAUUGAACCACCGUGGUUUCAUUUUCUCCACCUAUUACAAAGCAGCAUAUACAAUUGAAUCUACAGCCAUCUUCAGGAGUUGCUUACUCUCUGGUUGGCUUAACUACUAUUCCAGAUUAUGACAGUUUCCGUCAUGAUGCAUCCCAAUGAAUCUUUGCUUUGGAAAAAUUAAGUGUCAUGGAGACCCAAUGUACCUGCUUGAACAAUCAGCCCAAAUAUUUCAGGAGAAACAUCCUUUCUAAAGCUGCCAAUGGAACUAAAUGAUAUGCGGAAUAUUUGUGUUUUCUAUUGCCUUAAACUGCUGACAUCUGUGGAUUCACUUGAUAUGUUUACUGCUUGUAGGCAAUGCCACAACAGAAUAGACUAACAGUUUAUACGGCACAUCAAAUGCAACAAUACAGCAGCAUUCAAAUGACUACUUUUGUGACAAUCAACUAUUGUGACUUCUGUGAAGGGCUACAUCUGGUGGCUUCUCAAGUGUUUUGUGUGUUUUUUGUGCAUGCGUGUUUGUUAGUGCGUUGGAUGCCUUUCUUGUUGUUAAAAAAGGAUCUUUAUUGUAUAUGCCUCUUCAAAAGAAUAUCUGAUAUUUUUGAUCUUGUUGGGUUAUAUGAUAAAGGCUGUUUCUCUCUGUUAUUUGUCUUUGUCUU